CGUCAGUGCGUAACUCCAGCUGACGUCAUAUUUCAGGGACCGGAAGUUGAGCUGUCGCAAGAUGGCUGGAGUGCUCAAAAAGACCACCGGUUUGGUGGGCCUCGCAGUUGCCACGAAGCCACAUGAGCGGCUAAGGAUUCUCUACACCAAAAUCCUGGGUACCCUCCAAACGAUGCCACAGGAUGCAGCUUACAGGAAGUACACUGAGGAAAUCGUCACUGACCGACUGAAUGCAGUCAAAGCCGAGCCCGAUCUGGGAAAGCUGGAGGUGAAGAUCAAUGGUGGCCAGAUAGAAGAAGUCAUUGCCCAGGCCGAGUUUGAGCUCUCUUUGGCUAGGAAGAUGAAUGAAUGGAAGCCAUGGGAACCACUGGUUGAAGAACCUCCAGCAAACCAGUGGAAGUGGCCAAUCUAAAGCAUUCUGGACCCAAGGAACAACAGUGCUUUCUGUAUCAGUUAAUUUUGUCAUGAUGUAGUUAUUUAUGUCCCGAGUCAAUAAAACAAUGUAAAUAUGUAA